AUGGCGGAUAAUGAUGAAAAUGAAAACUUGCUUGGAGAAGAUGGGCAAUCCAGACCGAAAAUUAUUAAGAAGCUCAAUUUAGAGGGAAAAGAUAUAAUAAGUAAAAGAUAUUUAUCUGGUGCAAAAAGAAGACCUGCCUUAAUCCUUUUGGUGCUAUUUAUUGUUAUCAGCCUUAUUCAAGUCAAACGCGAUCUCUUCAUCCGCAAAAGCAUCUUUUCCGCUUCUUCAAGUCAGCCUUCGAUUGAAGUAACUUAUGGAGGCGUCAAACAAAAUCUCACAGGCGACGACCUGGAAAGUCUCCGAAAUUACAUUUUGAUGAAUGUUCCUCCAGAAGACUUUGCAGGAGUCAAAUCGAAUCUGGUCAUCACUGAUGUCCUGAGAGAGGCUGGAAGGGAUGCUGCUUAUUUUAAUGGAAGUGUGUUGGAUCAUGCUUGUCCAAUGACAAUUCGAAAGUCGACAAAGAAGCUGCAAAAAAGAGUCCCAGAUGUGAUUGGAAUCGGAUUCGCCAAGUGUGGAACUGGCUCCCUCGACUUUCUCGACUGCCAUCCUUCAAUUACUUUUCGAACAUCCGAGCCAAAGUUUUUCUCAACGGACAAAAUCGUCGACCGGAUCAUCGAAAAGACAGAAAGUUUUCCGAAUCCGGAUUUCAUGAGCGACGUUGAUUUCAAAAAUAUGCAAUACGAGUUGAAAGAUAUCAAAGAAGACUACAUGCGCAGAGUUCCCUUAGCAGCAGACGACGAAAUUCUCAUUGAAAAAUCUCCGCAAUACAGUGGCGGCGGAAGCACAGAAGUGAGAAUCAAGCGAGCUAAGGCGAUGAAGGCCCUGAACCCGAAAGUGAAGAUUAUUGGCAUUGCUUGCGAUCCGGUUAAAAGAGCGUACUCCCAGCUCUCGAUGAAAGAGCGAAGAACGGAGCAAAUGAAAAGCCAAGGGAAGAAAUGCGGAACCAAGGGUUGUCUCAAGGGAACAAUCGAAGAAGCGUUUGAAGCAUUCACCGAAAAGCAAAAGCAAAUCAAAGAACACGACCUGCCCAUGGGUUUCGCUGACUACGCAAAUCAAUGCAAACCCUUUGUGGACAUCGUUGGCGCUAAAAACUUUCACCUUGUCGACGGCGAAAAUCUCGUUCAAAACCCAAAUCAUGAGUGGGGAAAGCUGCUGGACUUUCUCGAAGUUGACAAGGAGCAUUUUCAAUUUUACAAAGAAGAAGAAAAGGGAUUCCCUUGUCUUGAUAAGCCAAUCAAACAUUGUUUAAACAGUUCAAAAGGAACUUCGCGAAAAACCGAUGUUCGAGUUCAAUACGGAAAUUUCACCCAAGUCUGGGACCGACUUUACAAAGAAACGGUUCUAGAAAUGAUUCCCUUUUUCAAUAUUUGCGAGGAGAUCGACGAUGCCUGCUGCGAAAAACUCGCCGACGAGAACAGUUCAUUUUCGUGGAUUCACCGUUAUGCCUGUACAGAUAUUUAG